AUGGGCCUCGAAGACGAGGUCGAGGUUGAUCGCGAAGCGGUCGUGGGCCGCCAGCGCCGCGUGGUGGUGGUGAUAGUUGCCCGCCUCGUCGACGUCGUGCUGCUUGUGGGCUGGCAGGGUUGGUUCAGAGGGCAGUCUGCCUGGCAGGGCGCGACGAGCGUGGCGGUCGGCACCGAUGGCGGGCAGCCGCAGGGAUUCUGCACGGUAGUGAUCAGCGAGCAGUCGGCGUUGCAGCGGCGCGUGGUGCAUGUGCUGGCCAGCUCGGUGCGCGUCACUGUUGGGCAGACGCUCUGGGCCAGCGCCGAGACGGCUGCCAGGAGGAGUAAUAUCAUCAAGGCACGACAACAGGCCUUUUCCUCCGGAACACUCGGUGUCUUUGACCCCGAUGGGGAAAAUGCAAUAUAG